GCACUUCGCUCAGUUCUCCACUGCGCUUCGAACGAAUCGGAGCUUUCGCCAGACUGACUCGAUCGGGGAGUUAGUUUCCGCGCAUUUAUUUCGGUUGUUACAUCGCAUCAUUACGAGAUAACGCGCCCCUCUUUCUCUCUGUUUUUUUCUCUCUAUUUCUCUCUCUUUCUCUCGUAUUUAUAAUAUUUUUUUUUUCUUUUUUUUUCUUACCAAAAGACGGGACGCCCUUUCGAAUAUUUUUUUUUUCAACAAGCCCUCCCCUCGUUUUUCGGUUUCCCACUUUUUUCACACUUCUUACAGCAGACUUCUUUCCUCCUCGGUUCUUGUCCACGUACUCGUCCUCGUCCUUGUCCAAGUUAUCGUUCGAGUAAUUUUCUUCGGUGGACAAAUACGAGAAACGAGAAGAAAAUAACUAUGCCCGUGGACGAAAAAGCAUCGUUACUAUUCGUUUAGGGAUACAUCUCGAUAGAUUUACAGAUUUAUCAGUUCCCAAAAACGAGGAAAGGAUUAAUAAUAAUCGGACGAGAGGAAAGGAUUCGCUGCGGAAAGCGAAAAUGCCGGGAGGAACGGCGGAUCUGUACAAAUGGUUAUUCUUGGCAGGAUUGUUCUGCUGUUCGUCCUGUCAAAGUGUUUCGUCCACGUUUGAAAACAAGACUGGCCAGAAUGAGAGCAAACCGCGUGUGUUUUCGCUCAGAAUGGAUUACGACGAGUGGACGCCGCUUGGACGCGGCGAUCCCCUCAAGAACAAUCCUACCUUCGAUUACGUGCCCCCCGUGCUGGACAGGGUUCAAUAUUGGCUGGAUUCUCACACGACCGAGCCGUCCACCAAACGGGAUAUCCUAGUCCUGGGUGUAACCGCGAAGAAGACUAGCCCGAAGAUACCGGAGCAAUUUUUGAAAUUCGUGGACGGGCCGAAAUUCACGAGAUCGAGUCACCAGGAUUCCGUUUCCUCGUACAGGAACGACUUCACCGGGAGCACGGGGGCGGAGCCGCCAAAACUGGUGCGGACGAGCAACUUUAGAAACGGGCCCCUCGACUACAGGAAUCAAAACAGGAUUCAAUCGAUACCGUCCAGCUACUAUCCGAGCCCGUUCUACAAUCAAAAAACGAAACCGUACACGAUGAUGCUUCCCCCACCGUUGACGCAGAAAGAUAAGAUCGUGAGCUUCGUCGAGCCCACUCAACAAUUCAACACUCAAACGGAGGAAGGACCGGUGCUUCAAGACGCGCAGUUCUACGCGCCUCUACCGCCCUCUAAGACGUACAAUCAGCCGGGAAAAUCGCAAGCCGCCUCGCAGUUGAAAUUCCCCCCGAGCAAAAGUCCGAUCUCCACUCAGGUGGAGACGAUCAAGAGCGUGUACGGGCCCUCGUCACCGCAAUCCGCCAGACCCAAGCACGAAACCGCGACGACACCUUCCGUCUCCCUGGAAAAGUCCAAUUUGAUAUAUCACUCGACGCAAACACUGUCCGGCGGAUGGCCCCCCUCACCAGGUGGCGGCUCCUUAUCGACAUCGACCACGUCGAACGGUGUACGUCAGGAUUAUUCAGGCCGCGAUCAAUACGAAUCGAUCGACCACCAAGCGGCUGCAUCCUCGAAUCACGAGGUGGUCGUGGAACAAAACGCGAACAUAAUAGUCGACGGAGAUAGCAACGAGAACGAAGAGGUGGUGGUCGGUCAAAAAGGUGUGGAUACAGCGUCCCCUGUCACGGCCUCGAUGACGAUUAUUACCACUACCGACUCGGUCAACGUUGAAAACGAAAACGCGGAGGACGAGAAGAUGCACAUCGUCGUAGCUAACUCGCCUCACGACUUCAUCGACGCAGAAGCGACUCACGACGCGAAAAAAGGGCCGGUGGCGGUGGUGAUGCCGACCAAUUACUCGGAGAAAAAAGCGACAUCUUCGAGCUCGGCGACGCCAGCGAUCACAGCGACGGAGACAAUAGCGACCUCUAGUCUGCCGGAAAAUUCGACAACGACGGAAACGUCGAGAGUCGAGUUUCAACCGAUUCGAAAUUCGGCGAUCAGAGGAGGAGGAUCAUCAUCCUCGAUCGUCUCGGAGAAUUCUCAAUCCCCUUUAUCCCCGAACAAGAUGAUGUCGAGUGUCCAACAGCACGGGAUGCAUUUCCACUCGACGAUGGCUCCUCCAUUUUCGUCCAGGCGCCCCGUCGAUUCUUUGCUCGGAUUCGGACCGCCGCAAGCUCCCCUCUCCUCCAUGAUGCAUCCACAGACCAGGCCCAACCACGGAACGAUGCACGUUGUCGGCGGUAUGCGUCCAACCGUCGGUUUCCGCGCUCCAGUCUCGAUGCCCAUGUUCCCACCGAUGACGCACAUGCACGCGCCACCGCCUAUGAGACCGACCAUCGAUCACGUGGACCAUCAGUCGGGGGCGCAUCGGUCGCCGCAGUUGCACAAUUUCCCCGCUAUGUCGCCCGACUCGCCGCCACUCCCCACUUUGACCGCGCACUCGAUCGGUCAAAGCGAGGAGCACUAUUUCGAUCGACACCGAUCCCGCAUUCCGGACACCAGCGCCGCGUCCAUCUUCACCACGCCUACCGCACCUUCAUUCUUGCCUACCGUCUCGUCCUCGGCCGAGAACUCGCCCGUUCCUCUUUUCGACGGGCACACUCGACACCCGGAAAUGACAGACCGUGCCCCCCCUGUGAAAACGGAAGGAAAGAAGGAAGAGGAGGAGGAGGAGGAAAGAGAGGAGGAAGAGAAUCGAAAAAAUAUAUCGACCACACCUCGAAUCACUACCAUGCCGAGCUUGACCACAGAUCCAAUUUUCUCCCAUUACAAACAACCGGCCAAACCUAUUCGUGGCCCGAUGUAUCUCAUCAUCCAAGGUCAUUCGAAGGUGAAGACUUACAAGCCCACGGUGAGUAAACACGGUAUACCCGUGGAGGGAAACGAGAUCUUCGAAAGCGCGACAGAGAGGCAAUUGUCGAAAUUCGAGCAAUUCGUCCAAGAGAGCACGAGGAACAACAAUCGCGCGAACCAGGCUGUGAUCGAGAAGAAGAAAGCGGAGGAAAAAGCGCGUAGCGAGAAACUCGCGCGGGCGCGUCAGAACGAUCUUAUGAGCCUGGUCGAGAGUGGUCUAGCUAGCUUCACCGUGCCACCUUCUUCCUCCACGACGGAGGACGAGCAAACUCGGGUAAACUCGGUGACAACGAUCGAGAUAAACGGCAAUUAAAACUGUUCCCGGUGGAGAAAGAUUUUUCUUCCAGGCGUUACUUCCAAGUCCCACAGGAAUCCGACGUUCCACGUUCUAGCGCGUAGGAGAAACAGGCGUGAAACGAAUGACACGCCUUGGUCAAACGAGCGAAUUUGCGGGACUGCGCGGUAGCUAAUCAAAGUAUAGGAUGAGGACAAGGAUGCGAGGAAGGUUGGUUCGAUCGUAGCUUACUUGAUAAUAUGUAUUUAUUUAAUUCGCGUAGAAUUUCACUCGAUCGAAUUUCCUCACAAUUUUUCAUGCGUUGUUUAAUUAUUUUACUCACGUAACAUUACGCGAUCGUUAUCGCAAAGACUCACCGUGGCAGAUCCGCGAGCUAGAUCGAUCUUAGCCACAGUCUUGUCUUCGAUACGAGAACGCGCGCCAAUUUCUAAUGUGCCAGUAUACGUAGACACGAGCGCGCGUCAGAAUGAAUGCGUAUAAAUCAAUACACGCAUGCAUAUAUACAUAUAUAUAUGUACACGUAUAUGAAAUAUAACAUAUUGUCAUGUGUUGUGACAAAUUGCUCAACGAACCUGUUUCAAACAUGUACACGAUUAUGUAAAUGACUUUUGAUAGAAUAUUAUUGCACACAAUCGAUCGUUAGAUCCGUAGAAAAGUGUUUCAAUUGGUGCUGCUUGUUACUCGAACGAGUCGAUUGUAGUUUGAGCAUAUAUGUGCAUGGAAAGAACAAUGUUGCUCGUGAGAAGUAUUUAUCGUAAUAUACAUAUAAUAAUUAACGCGAUUGUACGUAUUUAUCGUUUCGUUAUAUUGUUUAACGUUUGUAUGCUCUCGAUUCUGCGCGAUCGAUGCAACUCGCAAUAAGUAAAAUGAUAAUUUUAUGAAAACGUAAAACGUAGUGUAAGAAUCAAAUUUACAUAGAUAUUGUCAUUGCAAUUUCGUAUUAUUAAUGCUAAUCUUACGUUUACCGGUCAUUGUAUUUGUCAUCGAUAUCCAACAAUUGAAUUUCGUUCGUUUUUAUUCGCUUGAAAUUGGUUGCGAUUGUAAUAAUGGCGACUGUGUCGCCGCCUGUGUUAUUCGAGUUACUUCGCGUUGUAUUUGCACAUCAGAUACAUCAUUUGUUAGACGUUGCGAAAAAAGGACUAUUUGUGCGUGGUAUCGCGAUCGCUCACAUACUCGAGAUUACAAACGAUGAUGAGACAGAUUCAAAACAUCAUAAUAAUAUUAAUUUCGUACGUACUCUAUGUAUAAGUGUGUACUUUGUUACGUAUGAUGAAUUGUACCUGACGGUCACACGUUUUGUUGAUUUUCCGUUUAUCAAUAAAUUAUCGUAUUAUCGGUUACUAUGUGUCUCGUAUAAAGUUUAGAUUUCAUAGACUUGAUCGAAUCUUUGCAUAUCGCAAAAUCGAUCCGUAAUUUGAAAAUAUGUCACGUAAUCGAUGCAUCGGUAAUUUUCUUAUCGAACAACAGCAUUGAAUUGGAUCGAGGAAGAAACGGCAAUCGAUUACACACCCAUUGGAUAAUUUAUAGCGAGCAAAGGCCUUUGGCAAUAUUUAUUUACGAUUUACGAUUUACGAUUUAUUGGCAUUAAUGAGCCUUAAUUCCUAUCCUCGAUUUCGAUUCGUUUUUGAUUCUUUGAAACUUCUUCAAUGAAACAGAGUAACUCAGUGAAAAACGAAAAAAAGAAAUACAAUUUUAUUUUGGUAUAUAACAUAAUUUAUAAUCUGAUCGAACACUUCGGAUAAAAUAUUACAAUUUUUGAGUCUAGAGAAAAUUUCAAUUCAAAUCGUGAAUCGUUAGAAUCACAAAAACGAAAUAGUCAUAAUUGAAGAAUGACAAGAAAAAAGAGGUUAGAAAGAAUCGAGGGUUCAUAUAAAGAAUAUAGAUUUAAAAUUCAUUUAGUACGUCGAUAACAUAAAUUUCUCGUCGAGAGAUUUCUGCUUUUGCGUAUAGAUGUACGUACAUGUUGAGAAAAAAAUCAAUGAAAUAUAAUUACCGACACAGAAGAGAACUGAUUCUAUCGGUAAGUGUUUAUUUCGUGUCGAAAUUUCCCGAAAAAUCGAAAUUUUUUUCAUUCUCUUUAAACAAAUCGUAAUCGAAACGUGUAAGAAUCUAAUCCUUUCUCAAUAAUCCAACGAUCCAUCCGAUUUUUCAAUGUAUGCACGAAAUUAUAUAUAUUGAAAACGAACGAUAAGUGUGAAAUGUGGCUUGUUUGACUCGCGUUAAAAAACGAGAUUGUGUAAUUGUAAAGAUAAUUGACGAUUCUUCACAGUGUGAAUAUUUAUUUAGACAUCGGGAAGGAAAAAUGCGGAACGUGAGAAAAAUAUUCGACACGAGAACAUUACAUCGACGAGUAAUGUACGAAGAGACGACACGAGGUCUCGACAAAGGUCAAUACCCGUCAAUCUUAAUGAAAGUUAAAUGAAAGGAAGGGACGAGAGCUCGCGUCAUCUUACCGUUAGCGAUCGAAUAUCGAUACUACAGAUUCAUCGAGACGAGUCGAGAAAAAUUGUAGCCGAUUUAACCUAUCUACGCACGCGGCCAUUUUUCAUCUUUCGUCGAUCACUCGCAAUCGACGAUUCGUCGUGCAGCCACUUUUACAAAGGGGUUGACUCGAAAGAGUGGAUCGGAAGAAACUUUUCAAUCACGCACGCGUUAACCCGUUCGCGAGAAACGAUGCGAGCCAAGAUAAAUCGGGAGAGCGUUAUAUUUAUUUCUAGGAGAAUCGCGGAAAAACUUGUCCGCCCAUUUGCGGCCGAUCGAACGCGUCGCUCGCAUCCUGUUGUAAUCCGCUCUAGCCUACGCACUCUUCCCUCCGUGUUUUUCUCCGUGUUUCCGCCAAUGGCGGCGUUUAAGGGAUAACUGGUGACACGAAAUCGUUCGUCUCUUCGAUUCGCCCAACGAUUUUAUUCGCAGAGGCAAAUUAUUCCUUCGAAUCUGACAGAUUCAAAUUAGAAUCUGUAUAGGUUAUGGAUCAAGGCUGAUACUCAUUGAUGACUUUCUUUUUUUUUUUUCCAUUCUUCUGGCACCGCGUCGGCGACUAUAAUCUGGAACGUGGUGCUCGUCUACGGGAAACCCAGGCCUCAUUGCACCACUGUGGAAACUAGAAACCAGCCGUAAAAACUAACCCAAUAUCGGUGUCUCCGUACCUCUCUCCGUGCCUCUUCCGAGUCCUCUUUGGCCUCGCUUCGAUUCCGGUACCUGGAACCCACGCAUAUCUCUCGAUUCCAUAGCUUUCCGGCUAUCGAGAAUUAUCAAGAAACUUGAAGAUUAUAAAAAAGUUUAAUUUCACUCUAAAUCAAAAAAUAGACAGGGACAAGACGAGAAACCAGCAAUGUUUGGGAAAUUGAACAUCACCCUAAAAAUUUAAAAAAAAAAAAAGAAAAUUUCCACGAGUCACUUUCCUUCGAUUCGAUUUUUCGACGAAUAUCUAUUUACUUCGAAGUGGAUACAAUGGAGAUGUAG